CUGGAAGUGCAGCGCCAUCUUAGAUCAACAUGGAGGGGGGUUUAAACGGGAAAACACAAGGAGAUAACUAUUCUUCCGGCUAAUAACACCCUAAAAUGAUUUACUAAAGCAUUUGGUACUAUUGUCUGUUUUUUAAAUAUCCCAGAUUUUGUUUUUUUAAAAAAGUGUAUAAAAUCAAGUCGGGUGAUUUUUGUUUUAAAGCCUACUUUGUUUUUGUUUAUGUGCUAGCCAAGCUAGCUAACCUUCACUUCCAGUCGGCUAUGUCGUCUUCCAAUCCAGACAUGCCUGAUGUGCCUCCUCUGGGAAUGGGGAUGGGAGCCGGAUCUCACGCCAGUGCCGGAGCCAUGGUGCCAAAGGGCAGCAACAAACGAUCGGCCGCCUCCGACUUUGAAGAUGAUGAAGGAGGAAAGCUCUUCAGGUGCGACGACGACACUGGCAACUCUAACGACAAGGAGCGAUUCGCCAGGGAGAACCACAGUGAGAUCGAGCGACGCAGACGCAACAAGAUGACCGCCUACAUCACAGAGUUGUCGGAGAUGGUUCCCACGUGCAGUGCAUUGGCACGGAAACCGGACAAGCUCACCAUUCUGCGCAUGGCCGUGUCUCAUAUGAAGACUCUGAAGGGCAGCGGGAACACUGGCACAGAUGGCACUUACAAGCCAUCUUUCCUCACAGAUCAGGAGUUGAAACACUUGAUACUGGAGGCUGCAGACGGUUUCCUCUUUGUGGUGUCGUGUGAGAGUGGGCGUGUGGUGUAUGUCUCAGACUCGGUCAUGCCGGUGCUGAACCAGACUCAGUCUGAUUGGCUCGGCUCGUCACUGUACGAUCAGCUCCACCCUGAUGAUAAAGACAAACUGAGAGAACAGCUGUCCACCACUGAGAACAACAACAGCGGUCGCAUGCUGGAUCUGAAGACAGGAACAGUGAAGAAGGAGGGAAGCCAGUCGUCCGUGAGAAUGAGCAUGGGGGCGAGACGCUCGUUCAUCUGCAGAAUGAGGUGUGGUACGUGUCCUGUGGAGCCCAUGACCAUGAACAGACUCGGCAUUCUGAAGAGCAGAAACAGGAGUGGCUUGGGUCCUGUCAAAGAUGGAGAGCCCCAGUACGUGGUGGUGCACUGCACAGGAUAUAUCCGAUCCUGGCCUCCUGCAGGCGUUUCUCUGUCUGAAGAAGAGUGUGAAAGCGGACAGGGCAACCGCUACUGCCUUGUUGCCAUCGGGAGGCUGCAGGUGACAUGUUGCCCCAGUGACAACAACAUGAGCACUAUCAGUGUGCCAGUGGAGUUCAUCUCUCGGCACAACUGUCAGGGGACAUUUACCUUCGUGGAUCAUCGCUGCGUGGCUACAGUGGGCUACCAACCACAGGAACUUCUGGGAAAGAACUUUUUAGAAUUGGCUCAUCCUGAAGACCAGGGACUCCUGAGGGACAGCCUCCAGCAGGUGGUCAAGCUCCGGGGUCAGGUCCUGUCCGUGAUGUUUCGCUUCUGCACCAAAUCGGGCGAGUGGAUCCUGAUGCGGACAAGCUCCUUCACCUUCCAGAAUCCAUACUCAGAAGAGAUAGAAUACAUCAUCUGUACCAACACUAAUGUCAAUAAAGCUCCGAAACAGGACUCUCUCUCCCCUCUGUCCUCCCCCAGGGGGGCAUUACCUGCCUCUCUGGGGCAGAACAGCCCCAGCUGCCCCCCAGCCUCCAGCCCGGGGCAGAUAAAACACGCCAGGCAGCUCCAGCAACAGCAGCAGGCUGAGAUGGAGGGAGGAGGGAGAGAGGAAAUCUAUGAGGCUGGACAGGUGACUCUUCCUCAGGUUGCAGUGCCUCCAGUAGGACCAGAUCCUAAUCAUUCUAAGGUUUUGUCCUCCAGUGCACCCCCUACUGGACAGCAGGUUUAUACACCUUCUGCCACAUACAGCGCUAACUCGCGUGCUAAUGAGCCCUUCAGGCAAGCUCCGUCGGCAACCCAGAUGUUGUCGCACAUGUCACGUCAGAGCGCCCCCUCUGGUCUCCCUGUGAACAACAGCAGCCCAGUUCAGACUCAGAACGCAAACCCUGCACCCCCUGCAGCCUGGGCUCAACCACGUGCUCCCUUCAGCACGCAGGCAGGGAAGAGUCAGUCACCCCAAUUUUCAAUGGGAAACUUUAGCGCCGCCCCUUCCUCUUCUGCGUCCUCGUCUUUUGGACAAAUGGGCGGAGCAUCAGCGAAUGUAGCAGCCAACACCACAAAUUACUCUCAGAUGAAUGCCCGCAAUCACCAGUCCACUAACGGAUAUGGUGAUGUGAGCCAGUCAGGGCAGCAGUUCUCCUCCAGACCAGCAGAGGCAGCAGCGUGGCAGCAGUGGCAAAAUCAACCACACACACAAAACUCAGCAGACACACAUCCUCACAUACAGAACAGCCAAUCCGAGAUGUUUACUGAUGUUCUCUCCAUGCUGGAUCCGUCUGCGAACUUUGGCAACGAAGACUUUACCGAAAUGCCCAUGUUCCCUCCAUUUUCUGAGUGAUCCCCUGUAAUCUUCUUUUAGCCUUUUUCUUUCUCUUCUUCUUCUCUAGUUUAUUGAGAAACAAAACAAGGGGAGAUUUGUUGAAACCUUUUAUCUUUUUUUUUUUUUGGUGUAAAAUAAUGUCUUAGUGUAAGAGUUUUCCUCCACGCAGGGAAGUGGCUGUGUUCUAAUAACCACGCACAAGUGCACAAAUCGAGCACGAUCAGUCCAACACACUGAGUUAGGUUUAACCCCGCACGCCCCCGGAAGCACGCACAAACCCAUGCACAUGACCACGCCGAGACGUUUUAGCCCAAAACAAAAGGAAUGUGUCACUGUUGUGAAUCUUCUCUUCCGUAGCAAUAAUUGUUUGAUAUCUUACAAUAUAAUAGUUUUUUUGUUUUUUUUUUAAAUUGGGCGGUCCUUAUCCUGCCUUCCAUAGAGGACUGCCUUUAAAUGCACUGCCUGUAAUGCUACCUACGUAGGACUCCUCCUCCUGAGGUAGUGACGAUAUUUUAACGAGAGAGUAAUUGUUAUAUUGUACAGCCGAUUACGGACACGUGCCUCAGUAAAUUCACACGCAGUUUCCAUAGAAACGAUCAUGUUUUUUCCCCCUAAUUCUUCUGAAAGCAAUUAUUAUUAUUAUCAUCAUUAUUAUCAUCCAUAUGAAAAUGUGUCUUGAACAGAAAAAACACAG